AUGCCAGGGAUAACAAAGUAUAAUUUAGUGGAUGAUGCCCAGGAUUUAAGAAUCCCCAUGCACAACGAAGAAGUAUUUCAGCAUGGGGUCUGUUUCGAGGCAAAGUACAUCGGCAGUUUGGAGGUGUCACGGCCGAACAGCCGAAUGGAGAUAGUGGCAGCAAUGAGAAGAAUUCGGUAUGAGUUCAAGCUGAAGAACAUCAAGAAGAAGAAGGUCAACAUCAUCGUGUCUGCUGAUUGUGUUCGGGUGAUUUUGCGGAAAAAGAAGAAGAGGAAAGAGUGGUCUUGGGAUGACAGUACAGUCGUGGUGGCACAGGACCCCAUCUACAGGAUCUUCUAUGUCUCACAUGAUGCUCAGGACUUGAAGAUUUUCAGUUACAUUGCGAGAGAUGGGAAGAGCAACAAUUUCCAUUGUAACGUCUUCAAAUCCAAGAGAAAGUCCCAGGCUAUGCGGAUCGUGCGCACGGUGGGCCAGGCCUUUGACGUGUGUCAUCAGCUCACUCUGCAGCAGAGUUCUGAGGACCAGGAAGAUGCCAGCGGGAACACAGAGGGGACUGAUGCCCUGCCAGCUAAGAAGUGCUUGGUGCUGUCAGAGGAGACUGACCUUGAGGCGUCCACAGAGGAGAGUAUUGACUGUAUGCUGUCUGACCUGGACAAGUCCAAGACGGAAGAAGUGUGCGGUAAAGAGGCGAAGGACUCCACAGCGCCAGCCUUGCUCCUGAGCUCCCCCGGGCUGGGGCUUCCCGCGGUGGGCUUGCUGGCAGUGGACUCGCCCCGCUCCACGGAGCACCAGGUGCAGCUCCUCCAGAGGCAGCUGCAGCAGCAGGAGCAGCAGGCGCAGGCUGCCUUGGCCCAGGUGCGUGUGUUGCAGGAGCAGCUGUCGGUGGAGGUGUGUGCAAGGACAGAGGCCCAGGCCCGCGUGGAGCGGCUCCUGCAGCAGAACACAGACCUGCUGCAGCACAUCUCCCUGCUGGUCCGCCAGAUCCAGGAGCUGGAGGUCAAAGCAUCCGGGGGAAUUAACUCCAUGGGCUCUCAAGACAGUCUAUUGGAGAUCACCUUCCGUGCUAAGCCCCCCAGUGUGCCUCGUGCCGCCCCCACCUCCCCGGACCAAGGCCUGCUCUGCCCUCAGGCCCAGAUCAGUAAUGGCCCCUGGUCCUCCACUCUGCCAGGGCCCUCCACCCCAGGGACCAUGGGCCCAGACAUCUGCCCUUUGGGCCCUGGCGGCAGCGUGGUCAGGCUGGAAUGUUUCCGCUUCCCCUGCGGCUCCGAGAACCAGGACCAGGGGGAGACUCCCAGUGACGGCGGACCAGACGAGGGCUCUCCGCUCGGGGAGCAGAUCCUCGGCGCCCUGGAGCUGCUGCGGUUCCGGGAGUCGGGGAUCGGCUCGGAGUACGAGUCCAACACGGACGAGAGCGACGACAGGGACAGCUGGGGACAGGGUGAGGGGGCGGGGCCAGAGGGAGCAGCCCGUCUCUUCAACGUGCUGAACGCAGAGAGUCCGGCAGACUCCUUAGAUGACGACAUGGCUGUGUAGCGUUGCCACACACACACACCCAUCUUCUGCCCCCCUUCCUCCAUACCUGAACCCCUCUCCUGAACAUGAACACUGUUUACUGCCUCGCCUACAUCUAUUCUGUCCUUCAUGUAAAUAUUUCUGUCAACUCUCUGUCUCCACGUGUCCAUGUAUUUUUGUUUUCAACAAACCUAUGCUACAGUGUGUUGUGCAACUAUAGUAUUCGUCAGUGUAUUAUGGGAUUCGUGUAUAUGUAUGUCUAUUUUACAGUGUUUCAUUUUCUUUUGUAAACCUGGUCUGUGACCUGCUGUGUUGACAUUCUCCAGGACCUAUUGCUGUGUGCUUUCUGUCACCAUUGGAUCGUAGUGACAGACACCCAGCAUGUGCAUCCACCCCCCCUGUUAACACCGAUGGACUUGGACUCAAACUCAAAGAACAGGCAGAAAGUCCUCGCCAAACCUGUAUGGUUAUGCUUACAAAUGUAUGUUGGCAAAAGGGGGAAAACAAGUCAUUAGUAUUAUUUAUUUUACUUUAUUAGAUUUUGUGAGGGUCAAUGGCCUGAUGCCUGUUAAGCAUGCAUCGCACCAUGAUUCAUUCCUCUUCCCCAGAAGAGAACGUUUUGAAUGUCCCCUGUCUUUGCUCUGAUGAGGCAUCCCUUUGUGUCCAGCCAGCUGCAUCCUCCUAUCCUGAGUCCUGGCUGCUGGACACUGUGUUCAGGGCUGAUGUACAGAAUACCUCACUGUGGCUUCAGGUAGCUCUGCUCUGCUUUCGUCUGCUUUAUUCUGCUCCAGUUUGCUCCAUUCUGCUCUGUUCUGCUUUACUCUGCUCUAUUCUGCACUGCGCUAUUCUGCUCCACUCUGCUCUAUUGUGCUCUGCGCUACUAUAAUUGUGCUUUACUCUGCGCUACUCUACUCUUUUCUGCUCUGCUGUGCUUCUCUCCCAGUCCAGGGUCACAGCUGUACAGCAGCAGCA